CGCUUCUCAGGGCUACCGCGCAUGCUCGUCACUAUCGUUGCAUGCUGGGUAGUGUAGUUGUUAUAUUUGCUAGCUCAUAACAUCACAUUAAGAGACACGCUUACGCGCUUAAUUCAAUACUCGCCGUCAUUCCGGGUGGAUUGACAAAAGACCUCCAGCCGCUAGAUAUUGGUGUCAACAGGGCAUUCGAAGCUAGACUGCUAACUGCGUGGGAACAGUGGAUGACAGAACGUGACGUUCACCAAGACAGGGAGACAGCGCCAGACGACAUUUUGGAUCCCACAUUCGCCCAACUUUUCAAUUCGGACAACGAAGGAGAAUAAUUCGAGAGAUUUAUGAAUGAAGAAUAACUUCAGAAAGUGAGCGUUAUGUUUAUUUUGUGUGUUGUGACAUUAACGUUCGAGCAACAUUAUGUUGCUAUUGCUCUGCACUAUUUUGAAUUUUACUAUGUUUGUGAUUGCACAUUUGCGUACAUUUUGGGAGUGAACAGAGUUGUUAGAACGCUGGUUUUUAAUAUAUUAUUAAAGUUUGACUGACCUAUCUGACUGUUUUUUUGACAUUCCUUUAGCGCAGUUAGAUGCGGCUUACAACACCGGGAGGCUUAUAGGUGGACAAAGUUUUGAAAUAUGCCGUUCAUUGAAGGCGCGGCUUUUAACCCAGGCCGCCUUAUGGUGCGGAAAAUACGGUAUGCGUGCCAAAGCAGGCAGCACGCCAAGGCCGGGACUAGCGUGGAGACUUCGUGAUCACAUACGACCGACAGACGAUUCUGGAUGUGGAUAGAUCGGGCCGUUAUAGGCUGAAAGAUGCGGGUACUUUCGACCUCCUCGCUAGCAUGGGGAUUCUUCGCUGGCUACAUCCAGCGGCCUCUGAAGCAGCGGAGUUAAGUGCCAGCGGGGACCGUCAACGGAAGACACGUAAGCGGUGUGAGCGGAAGCAGAAGCGGGGAUGCCGAGCGGGGCUAACAACAAAGCGAAAGGCUAAUCCUCAAAGAAGCGCGAGUCCGGGUGAGAAGUCAGUUAAAAUAGAACUAGCCAGCGCCAGGCUGGAUAAUACCUGCACACAUAGCAACUAUUUUACAACAAUACACAACUCACGAAAUGUUUUUUCUGUGAUGGCUUUAUCAGAAGUAGACAUGCACUCUACUGAGGUGGCAAGUUAUGAUGCGUUCAGUUUAUCACAACAUCAAGCAAACAAUCGGAAAAUUCCCGUCAUAUCAAUUCCUAGAUAUGGUCGAAAUUAUUUAAAGUGCACUACACAUAAUAAACGCAACAUUAUUAAUAUUGCUACUACGGAUAAUUUCAACAAAAACUCCUCAAAACAGCCCACUACCUAUAAUAUGGGCUUCUUAAACAUAAGAUCAUUAUCUUCCAAAACGUUAUUAGUUAAUGAGGUCAUUAGAGACAAUAAUCUUGACGUCAUUGGUCUCGCCGAGACCUGGCUCAAACCAGACGAUUUCUUUGCGCUGGGUGAGGCGUCUCCUCCUGGCUAUGCGGGAACGCAUAUUGCCCGUCCCAUUAAAAGGGGUGGGGGAGUCGCACUCAUAUACAACAAAAACUUUAACCUUACCCCGAACCUAAAUAAUAAAUAUAACUCGUUUGAGGUGCUUACUAUGAGGUUUGUCACACCGCUGCCUCUCCACCUGGCUGUUAUCUACCGCCCACCAGGACCCAAUUCGGACUUCAUCAGUGAAUUUUCAGAGUUUGUUGCUGAUUUAGUGACGCACGCCGACAAUAUAAUCAUAAUGGGUGACUUUUAUAUCCAUAUAAAUACCCCAUCGGACCCUCAGUGCAUGGCGCUCCAGACUAUAAUUGAUAGCUGUGGUCUUACACAAAUAAUAAAUGAACCUACGCAUCGCAACGGUAAUACGAUAGAUCUAGUGCUUGUCAGGGGCGUCACCACCUCCAAAGUUACGAUACUCCCGUAUACUAAAGUAAUGUCCGAUCAUUACCUUAUAAAAUUUGAAGUUCUUACUCAUUGUCAACAAACUAAUAAUAAUAAUUACUAUAGCAGCCGCAACAUUAAUGCUGCCACAACGAUGACUCUUGCUGGCCUACUGCCUUCGGUAAUGGCACCAUUCCCAAAUUAUGUCGGCUGUAUUGAUAACCUCACUAACAACUUUAACGACGCCCUGCGCGACACCAUUGAUAGUAUAGCAGCGCUAAAACAAAAAAGAGCCCCUAAAAGGCGCACCCCAUGGUUUACAGAAGAAACUAGAGCCCAUAAAUUAUCAUGUAGAAAGCUGGAACGCAAAUGGCGCGCGACCAAGCUUGAGGUUUUCCAUCAAGCAUGGAGUGAUAGUUUAAUAACUUAUAAACACAUGCUUACCUUAGCUAAAGCUAAAUAUUACUCAAAUCUCAUCCACCUCAACAAAAAUGAUCCUAAAUUUUUGUUUAGUACAGUAGCAUCGCUAACCCAACAAGGGACUCCUCCCAGUAGCUCCACCCACUCAGCAGAUGAUUUUAUGAAUUUCUUUAAUAAGAAAAUUGAACUCAUUAGAAAGGAGAUUAAAGACAAUGCAUCGCAGCUACAACUGGGUUCUAUUAACACAGAUACAACUGUAUCUACAACGGAUACCGCCCUCCAAAAUAGUUUCUCUCUCUUUGAUGAAAUAACAUUAGAGGAAUUGUUAAGUUAAAGUUAAAGUUAAAGUACCAAUGAUUGUCACACACACACUAGGUGUGGCGAGAUUAUUCUCUGCAUUUGACCCAUCACCCUUGAUCACCCCCUGGGAGGUGAGGGGAGCAGUGGGCAGCAGCGGUGGCCGCGCCCGGGAAUCAUUUUGGUGAUUUAACCCCCAAUUCCAACCCUUGAUGCUGAGUGCCAAGCAGGGAGGUAAUGGGUCCCAUUUUUAUAGUCUUUGGUAUGACUCGGCCGGGGUUUUGAACUCACAACCUACCGAUCUCAGGGCGGACACUCUAACCACUAGGCCACUGAGUUAAGAUGUGUUAAGGGGACAAAACAAACAACAUGUUUACUUGACCCAUUUCCUGGGAAACUUAUCAAGGAGCUUUUUGUAUUAUUAGGUCCAUCAGUGCUAAAUAUUAUAAACUUAUCACUUUCCUCUGGCACUGUUCCACUAGCAUUCAAAAAAGCGGUUAUUCAUCCUCUGCUCAAAAGACCUAACCUCGAUCCUGACCUCAUGGUAAACUACCGGCCGGUGUCCCACCUUCCGUUUAUCUCGAAAAUCCUCGAAAAAAUCGUCGCACAGCAGCUAAAUGAACACUUAGUGUCUAACAAUCUCUGUGAACCUUUUCAAUCCGGUUUCAGGGCAAAUCACUCUACGGAGACAGCCCUCGCAAAAAAUGACUAAUGAUCUACUGCUAACAAUGGAUUCUGAUGCGUCAUCUAUGUUGCUGCUUCUUGAUCUUAGCGCUGCUUUCGAUACCGUCGAUCAUAAUAUUUUAUUAGAGCGUAUCAAAACACGUAUUGGUAUGUCAGACUUAGCUUUGUCGUGGUUUAACUC